AUGUAUAUAAAAGGGAAACCCGUGAAAUUUGGAUACAAGCUCUGGAUACUCACAUCUUUCGAUGGAUAUUCUUUUCAUAUAAUACCAUAUCAAGAAGCACAGCAAUACAUUGAGUCUGAGAUAAAGAAAGAAAAAAUGUCAUUAUCUCAAAUGGUUGUUGAAAAUUUGCUAUCCAUUGGUGAAACUCCAGCAAAGCACAACAUUUAUAUGGAUAACUUUUUCACAUCUUAUGAUCUUUUUGUUACCCUCAAACGUAAAACCUUUGUUACAGGAACUGUUAGAGAAAAUAGGAUCGGAAAAAAUUUUCCUUCGAAAUCACCUGAAAUGUUGGGAAAGAUAGAUCGUGGAACAUCCGACCGAAAGUUUGACUCAAGAAAUGAAAUUGCAAAAUGA